UGGUUGACAGUUCAAUUCAUAACCUUAAAAAAGUAUCAAAAAUUUGGGCACGUGUUGUUAUUUAUUACUUGAAUUACUGUGUGGGUACAUUUGAAGACAUCCAAAAUGGUUAAAAAGAAAAAGGGUCGUUCCGUAAAGCGCAAUCCAAAUGUGAAUUCUGAACCCGAAGAAUUAACACAAGCACCACAUUCUUUUAUUAUUCAAAGAGGUUUAACUCAGGGACAUAUCAUAGAACUGACACGAGACUUUCGGAAAUUAAUGGAACCUUUUACGGCAAAAUCUUUACAAGAGCACAAGAAGAAUACCAUUAAGGAUUUCGUGUCCGUAGCUGGACUACUUCAUGUUACUCACCUUUGCAUUUUUUCACAAACGGAAGUGGGCAUGUACUUUAAAGUGGGCCGCCUGCCCAGAGGACCGACACUUACCUUUAAGGUGCAGAACUUUUCGUUGGCGAAAGAUGUCGUUUCGUCCUUAAAAAAACAACUAGUUGUGGAAAAAGCUUUUAAACACUCUCCGCUUAUUAUUUUAAAUAGUUUUAGUAGUGAGAAGGCUCACAUGAAGCUUAUGGCGUCGAUGUUUCAGAAUAUGUUUCCAAAGAUUAAUUUAACCAAUGUAGAUUUGAACAAGAUAAGGCGUUGCGUCUUAUUAAAUUAUGACCCAUCGACUGAUUUAAUCGAUUUCAGACAUUAUAUUAUAAAAAUUGUGCCUGUGGGAGUUUCGAAAGGUGUCAAAAAGGUUAUUCAAGGUAAAAUUCCAGAUCUUUCCAAAUGUGACGAUAUUUCAGAGUUCUUCACACGUGCGGGAACUCUUUCGGAAAGUGAAAUGGAAGAUGAUCCCAAUAGUCACAUUACAGUUAAUCAGAAGUUGGUCUCCAGAGGAAACGUGGAACAAGGUCAAUCUGCAAUUAAGUUGACUGAGCUCGGGCCUCGAAUGACUCUGCAACUUAUGAAGGUGGAGGACGGUCUCUUGGAUGGUAUUGUUCUGUACCAUCAUCUUAUACAUAAGACGGAAGAAGAGAAAUUGGAAAUUCAAAGAAAGCGUGACAGUAAACGCAAGUUGAAGGAGAAGAGAAAGAAAAUACAGGAGGCGAAUAAGAAACGCAAGGAAAUCGAAAAGGAGGAAUUAAAACAAAAAUCUCUGAAAGGAAUGCACGCGAACGUGCCUAAAACUACAGAAAAGAAUUCCUUGGAAGAAAAUGACGAUGAUGUUCAGUAUUAUCGUGAUGAAGUAGGGGAAGAACCCGACAAAGAUCUAUUCCUGGAUAAUCAACCGAAAUCGGACAUAUCAAAGGUUCUUAAAAAAUUCAAAAAGAAGAAAACAAGCUUGGAGAAGAAUAAGCAAGUUACAAAGUAUGAAGAUAAGUUCGAAAAAACCAAGGAGAAAUUGGGCCUAAAGGGAAGAACUCAAUUUAAACGUAAUAAAUUCCAAGUUCACAAUCGAGUUGUUGGAAAAACCUUUAAUAAAAGGUUGAAUGUUAAAAGGAAAUCAAAAUAAUAUGCUUUUAAUCACAUUUUUCUUUGUUUUUGUACAAACUGGACAUAUUGUGACACAAUUAAAUAUGUCAAAUUAC